CUGCCGGCCACCGUCUCUCGUUUCCCUUUCGUUUCUUCAGCUUUUCGUAUUUCCGCCCCUGCUCUUCUGGCAUCUAAAACGUAGAGCUAAGAUCGAUCCCCGGACAAACGGAUGAAAGGAAUCUAAAUGAGAAUAAGAGGAUACGCUGCCUGCAAGACUGUGCUCUACUCAUCGAUGAUUCCUGAUCUAGGGAUAGGUAGUUGAUGUUUGCGGCCUGGGCCGUGUGGCCGGAAACCUCGUGGUACCUCUGCGUGGAGACCCACGCCGGGGGAGCAGCGAAGCCAGGUCCGCCUGCAGCUCUCGCUCAGCUGUGGAGACUGAUCUUGAGCCACCUCUUCCUGUAGUCGGAACAGACGAGAACUCCGUUCUCUGAGUGCUGCCCUAGACGUUCGGGGGGCAAGGCUUGAGCGUACUCCCCGCCAUGGCUCAACUCCAGACGCGCUUCUUCACAGAUAACAAGAAAUAUGCAGUAGAUGAUGUUCCCUUCUCAAUCCCUGCCAGCUCUGAAAUUGCUGACCUUAGUAACAUCAUCAAUAAAUUGCUGGAGGCCAAAAAUGAGUUUCACAAAUAUGUGGAGUUUGAUUUCCUUAUCAAAGGCCAGUUUCUACGAAUGCCUUUGGCCAAGCACAUGGAAGUGGAAAACAUCUCAUCAGAAGAAGUUGUGGAAUUAGAGUAUGUGGAAAAGUAUACUGCCCCCCAACCAGAGCAGUGCAUGUUCCAUGAUGACUGGAUCAGCUCGGUUAAAGGGGCAGAGGAAUGGAUUUUGACUGGUUCUUAUGAUAAGACUUCUCGGAUCUGGUCCUUAGAAGGAACAUCAAUAAUGACAAUUGUGGGACAUACAGACGUUGUAAAAGAUGUGGCCUGGGUGAAAAAAGAUAGUUUGUCUUGCUUACUAUUGAGUGCCUCUAUGGAUCAGACUAUUCUCCUAUGGGAAUGGAGCAUAGAAAGAAAUAAAGUAAAAGCUCUACAUUGCUGUAGAGGCCAUGCUGGAAGUGUGGAUUCUAUAGCAGUUGAUAGCUCUGGAACUAAAUUUUGCAGUGGCUCCUGGGAUAAGAUGCUAAAAAUCUGGUCUGCAGUCCCAACAGAUGAAGAAGACGAAAUGGAGGAAUCCACAAAUCGACCAAGAAAGAAACAGAAGACAGAGCAGUUAGGACUAACAAGGACUCCCAUGGUGACCCUCUCUGGCCACACAGAAGCAAUUUCCUCAGUACUGUGGUCAGAUGCUGAAGAAAUCUGCAGUGCAUCUUGGGACCACACAAUUAGAGUGUGGGAUGUUGAGUCUGGUAGUCUUAAGUCAACUUUGACAGGUAAUAAAGUGUUUAAUUGUAUUUCGUAUUCUCCACUCUGUAAACGUUUAGCGUCUGGCAGCACAGAUAGGCAUAUCAGACUAUGGGAUCCUCGAACUAAAGAUGGUUCUUUGGUGUCGCUGUCUCUAACCUCACAUACAGGCUGGGUUACGUCAGUAAAAUGGUCUCCAACACAUGAACAACAGCUGAUUUCAGGCUCUUUGGAUAACAUUGUGAAGCUGUGGGAUACAAGAAGUUGUAAAGCUCCUCUCUACGAUCUGGCUGCUCAUGAAGACAAAGUUCUAAGUGUAGACUGGACAGACACGGGGCUACUUCUGAGUGGAGGAGCAGACAAUAAAUUGUACUCCUACAGAUAUUCACCUACCACUUCCCAUGUGGGGGCUUAAAAAUGAAUGGUAAUUUAAUUAUGGAGACUCCAUAAAUAAAAUUGGUACAGAAGCCUCAGAUUAUUUAUACCAAUGCAGAAAGUAGCCUUUUAAAGCUUACAUAUUUUCACCCUUUAUAAUGGCUACCAUCCCUAUUUUUGUCUUUUUGUGUUUAUAAAACAUGGUAUGUGAUCUGCAUUCUCUAUCCUAUACAAAUUCUUGAAAUUAAACUGUUUUACAAUUUCU